AUGCCAGACGACCUAUCUCAGGAGUAUGACACGUACUGUCAAGAAUUACCGUUGAUCGAACAGCUAUCCGUCAAACGUUACGUGAUGGAAGGAAUUGGAGAAAAUAUAUUUUCGGUCCAGCUGCACACCUUCACCGACGCAAGCCCGACAGCAUACGGUGCAUGCGUGUACCUAAGAGUCGAAGACUGGGACGCAAACGUGAGUGUGAACCUCGUUUUCGCCAUGUCACGAGUGGCUCCUUUGAAGAAGCUGACUUUACCCCGCCUUGAGCUGAUGGGUGCCCUCAUUGGAGCACGACUGGCUCAAUAUAUCGAGGAGUGCCUCAAACUGCAUAUACAUCUGAAACAGUUCUGGCCAGGUUCUACGAUAGCCCUCCACUGGAUCCAAGAACAAGCUAACCGCUGGAAGCCGUUCGUGUGCAACAGGACGACGGAGAUUCAAUCAAAAACCGAUCCGCAUUCAUGGUCACAUUGUCCGGGCUGUCAGAAUCCGGCGGAUAUGCUUACACUGGGACUGACUUUAGAAGCUUUGGUCCACGGCAGAGACUGGUGGAAGGGGCCAGAGUGGCUUUCAGAGUACGAAGGUGCGUGGCCAAAUUCUCUCACGAGGACUACCGCGUUUCCACAAACGCUGCUGUACGAGCUGCGCAGAUCGGAAGUGAGCUGCCUACAGGUCAGUCACAACACGAAGGAAUCACUGAUGGACCCAAGUAGCUUCAGCGAAUACUCCAGACUUCUACACGUCACUGCAUGGACACUACGUUUCAUCGAGAAUUGUCACCAAUCACACAAUAGCCUGCGAGGGAUGCUGACAACCGACGAAAUCAAGAAAGCAGCGCUCCACUGGUUUAAGAGAGCCCAGCACGACGCUUAUGCUCCUGAAAUUCAGCAGCUGACUCAUGGCGAACAAAUAGGUGACAAUUCCAGCAUUACGAACCUGCGCCAUUCAUAG